AGAUUUCCAGGCCCCAAGCUAGCGGCUAUCAGCCGAUUGCCUUUCUUCCUAGCGUCGUAUAAUGGAGAAAUCCAUACCUGGGUAUCAGCUCAACACGCGAAAUACGGCAAAGUCGUCCGAAUCACUCCAACAGACCUAAGCUAUAUCGAUGGUCAGGCUUGGAAAGACAUAUACGGCCAUCGGAUAGGUACGGCAGGGAACAUACCAAAAAACCCCAAAUUCUACGGCACUGCCCCGAACGGAACACCCUCAAUGGUCAAUGGAAUAGAUGAUCCAGCCCAUUCCCGUAUUCGUAAAGUCUUUGCGAACGCAUUCUCCGACAAGGCGCUCAAGGAACAAGAAAAACUUUUCAAAACAUAUGUCGACAUGCUGAUCGGCAUACUGAGGCAGGGCACCAAGAAAGAUCCGAGUACGGCUUUCAACAUGGUGAACCUAUACAACUUCACAACAUUUGAUAUCAUGGGCAAACUUACAUUCGGUGAGGCUCUGCAGCUCCUCGAAAAGAACGAGUAUAAUCCCUGGGUGGCCGUCAUUUUCCAAAGUGUCAAGGAAAAUUCCCGGCAAAGAGCGAUGCGAAAUUUCCCCUUCUUCGUCGCUUUGGAACCUUACCUCUCCGACAAAGCGAUAAAUAAGAAACGCCUUGCUCAUUUCAACUAUUCGUCCGAUCGCGUGGAUCGUCGACUGGCUGUCGAGACCGAUCAACCCGAUAUUUGGAACCUAGUCAUGCGGCAAAAAGAGAGACAUGGCCUGAGCCUCGAAGAAAUGCACGCGAAUGCAUCAUUGUUCAUGCUUGCCGGCACCGAAACGACAGCAACGCUGUUGAGCGGACUCACUUUCCAUCUCUUGAAAAAUCCAGACAAGCUGGCAAAGCUUACCACAGAGAUUAGAACUACGUUUGCCACUGAAGAGGACAUCACCAUUGAGACUCUUGCUCGGCUGAAGUACCUCCAUGGCUGCCUCGAAGAAGGUCUUAGAAUGUAUCCACCCGUCCCAGUUGGGUUUCCACGAAAGGUUCCAGCUGAGGGCGCUACAGUUUGCGGAGACUUCAUUCCGGGCGGAACAUCGAUAUGCAUGAGUCAGUGGGCAGCGUACGAAUCGGAGCUCAACUUCGCCGCACCGAAAGCAUUCAUCCCCGAGCGAUGGUUAGACGAUGAACGCUUCGCAGGAGACGAGAAAUUCGUGCUACAGCCCUUCUCAUAUGGACCAAGAAAUUGUCUAGGCAAGAAUCUGGCGUAUCAUGAGAUGCGACUUAUAUUGGCCACAGUGCUUUGGCAUUUCGAUCUCAAACUCUGCCCGGAAAGCGCGGAUUGGGCAGACCAGAAGGUCUAUACGCUAUGGGAUAAGCCGCCACUUAUGUGCACGCUUAGCCCCGUAAGGGCGGUCUGAUGGUGUUGAUAUCCGUUGUCGAUGCGUGGAUUGGGGAUGCCGAUUAGUCUUAGCAUUCAGACAGGGUAGCAGAAUGAAGAUAGCCUCAUAUUGAGAACGUUGAUGACAUGAAAUGAGGAAGUAGCACAGUAUGAUAUCCUCUCAGACGAAAAA